AUGCGUGACCUCGUCACGAGGGCUUCCAACAUCGGAAGACUUGAAAGCUGGCAUGCAUCUACAAAUAGAGAUCCAGACCCAAAUCAACUUGAUAAAUUGGUACCCCCGGCUAUUCUAUCCUACUCUAUCACGGUCUUGGCUUUUGAACCGAAUGGCUUGCAAGCCGGAUUUCUUAAGCGAGACGCGCUGGACCAUGUUACCUCUCAUCAGUUUCACUUUCAGAACUUUUUGUAUGCAUGCUGGCCCAUUUCAAGUCUUAAUACUCCAAAACCACCGCGGAGAGCCCUAAGCCAAGAAACCAAGAACCCAAAGAGUCUUAGAUCCGCUUUGUCAAAGUCCUCCGAGUCCCACAGCCCCUUCCCUCGCCUUACAAUUGAACUUCGCCUUGCGGUCCAGGGAUUUGCACUUCCAGAAGAAAAGGAGACUGUACUGAUUAUCUCCUGGAUCGUCGGGUUCGAGAGAGCUGGUCAGUACGUGAUGAGAAUCACCGCGACAAUCCCAAAGCACUUCCGGCCCCUCCGCAUCUUCGGCCUUCGCUACUACCCGAGAGACGUCGGCACGUUCAUGUACUUCAACAAGAAUGAGGACACGCUGAGUUUCGCCUCCUGGGACGAUUUCACCCUCCUGGCUAUGCACAACGUAAACUUUUGGGAUCUGCAGGCCAACCUCCUGGAUGUGGGAGUUCGUACAAUUGAAAUCAAGGGCUAUGAUGAACUGCGUGCUCGCGAUUAUCGUGCUCUGUACAUGUUGUCUGAGAUAGUGAUUAUUGCACUUUGGGAGUGA